UGAUUGAUUCUCUCUGAUCAGAGAAAACUAUUUUGAUUCUUUUCCGAUCUGAGAGAGGAAGAGAGAGAGAGAGAGAGAGAGAGAGAGAGUGGAAGGGGAAGAAAGUGUAAAACACGAUGGUGACGUCAUCGAGCUCAUGGUCACAGGCUCUGGUCCAGAUCUCUCCUUACACCUUCUCCGCCAUCGGAAUUGCUAUAUCUAUUGGCGUCUCUGUCCUAGGCGCCGCCUGGGGAAUAUAUAUAACAGGGAGUAGUUUAAUUGGUGCUGCUAUCAAAGCUCCUCGCAUUACUUCCAAAAACCUAAUCAGUGUGAUCUUCUGUGAGGCUGUCGCCAUAUAUGGAGUAAUUGUGGCUAUCAUUCUUCAGACAAAGCUGGAGAGUGUACCUUCUUCUAAGAUGUAUGACGCAGAGUCCCUCAGAGCAGGCUAUGCUAUAUUUGCAUCUGGAAUUAUUGUGGGCUUUGCAAAUCUUGUCUGUGGGCUGUGCGUUGGGAUAAUAGGAAGCAGCUGCGCUUUGUCUGAUGCACAAAACUCAUCCCUUUUUGUUAAGAUCCUGGUUAUAGAGAUAUUUGGCAGUGCACUUGGGCUGUUCGGUGUCAUCGUAGGCAUCAUUAUGUCUGCACAAGCGACUUGGCCAUCCAAGGUGUGAACGGUUAACUUUGUGUUAUCAGUCAAGUGUUUGUAAUGCUAUAAUUUUUCUUAUUUCUUGUAAUCUGGUUUUUGUAUUUUUUAUUUUUGUUGCUAUGUGCAACUUAGAAGCAACGAAACUUGGUCACAAACAAGGAACCAAAACUUCAAUCUUACACCAUAUGGGUUUUGUAUGUAUUUGCCUCCGACUAAUAAAUUUUGCCCAUUUGAGUUCCCA